UGUUGUAUUGUGAAGAAAGCUGACGUUACGGUGCCACCCAGGAACCAGUUCUGAAGCUCUAUCUUGGCAAAUUUGAUUAACAAAGCAUUUGAUGCUAGCUUUAGAACUUUACUUGGCCAAUAACGACAGACAUCGAGGACAGAAUAAGCUGAACGGUGGUAUACAAAUGCGCGUAUUUGCCAUGCACGUUCCCGUGCCCUCAAUUCCUACAUUUUCCCACGGCGUGUGAACGCGCACGUAUGGAUUGACCUGUCAGGACUGCCGACAAGGAGAUUUCUGUGGCGGUGGUUAAUUGAAUAAUCUGAAGACUACCUGUUGACCAUGGUGUUUCCUCCCCAAGAGCCUCCCUUGUCACCUGCUGUCAUCAAACAAAUGCAGUGAACUCUUAAAACCCCGGCUCUGUUAUCAAGCAUUUCUUGCCUUAUUGCAACCACCAGCAAACCAGUACCAGCAAAUCCUCAGACAUUCUCUACCAGCUCUGCAUUUUUCCAAGUGUUUUCCUUCUUUCUUCAGAAAAACUCUGUUCCUAAAUGAUGCGCACAGACAACAAAGGCCGAAGUGCCUCCCCUCACAGGAUAACUUACAAGUCCGACUUCCAUGCGAUCAAAUGCUCCUUUGACGCUGGGAUCAGUCUAAAACCGGGGACCAAGCUGCCAACAAGCCUGUCAGAUCCCAUGAUGUCCCACAACAGCACCAGCAGCUCAACAGGCAUCAGAGGUAGGAUUCCCAGCACCAGGGGGCCAAAGAUCAGAGAUAACAUUUUCCUUCAAAUGGACAGCCAGCAGUUGAGACAGGAUGGUGGUCCGGUGCUGAGUUCAGGGUCCACACCCCUUCUUUCUCCACAAAAUUCUACCGUGCAGCUCCAAACCUCGCCUUUUCCUGGACCCAGGCGUCCAGUCAUAAGUUCCUCGUCUGUCCUGAGUACUGUAACAAGUACUUCUACUCCAGAACCACCCCUACAGGAUAAAGCAAGGGCAGAGGAAAUAUCAGAUAUUGACAGAGCAGCUCUGGCUCAGAAGUUCUCUGUGACCAGGAAGUUGUUUGAGACCAAGAUGAUGGAUGUCGGAGGACAGGUUUCAAAAUCGGUGACGAGCAGAGGAAAGGCAGAUGGGAAAGGAGAAGUCAACCAGGUGGAAAUUGUAGAAGAGGCAAGCGGGAAUAAGAUGUGCUCAGCAGAGGAUGGCUCCAUUAAAGACAAAUCCAUAAACCAUAUCGUAAAUAUUUCCUCGCUGAAUCCUCCUGCAGCGGUGUCGCCGACAAGGCACCUUAAAUCUCUCGUAUUGGACAACCUCAGUGAAGCAGACAACAAAUCUCUUUCCUGCCAUGACAAUCUCGAUCCAACCACAGGAUCGCCAACAGAGGAAGAAGGAGCAACUAUUGACCCUGACUUGACUCCCGAGGAGACACUGAGGGCAGAACUAGUCAACAUAAAGAAUGAGUCAUCAGAAAGUGAUGAGAAUGGAGAAGAGAAGGAGUGGAAAGAGGACAAAAAUAAGCUUAAGAGUGACGCGGAAGAGCACUUGAACAAAGCUGCAGCAGACAGUGUGGAGGCCCUGGUGGAUGAUGUGUUUGAGGAACCCAGAGUGGAAACAGCACCAGGAGAAGAUAAACUAAGAAUUUCCUCAGAGGAAUACCAGAAAGAGUUAUCAGUGGGUGCGCAGAGGAAAAGAGUGACUGAGAACGGCAGUGAAGGCAGAAAAGACAAGUAUCAGCAGGUGAAUGAACAACGGGAGGGUGAAAGGGAGGAGCAGAACAGACUCGCAUGGGUUGACGGAGAAGGAGACGUGAAGAUGGAUGCAAAAGUGGAAGAAAGUGUUGAAGUGAAAGAGGGAGUCGUGGUGCAAGAGGCGGUUGUUGACGGGGAACCUGAUGGAACGGAGAGAAGUGGAGAGAAGGAAUGCAUACGAGAGGAGGGAAUGACUGGAAAAGAGGAGCUUGCCACUCAGAUCAAGCAUGUGGGUGAUGAUAGAGAAGGAGGAAAAGAGGACCAGGCAGGAGCUGCAGCAAUCCGUGGGAUCGAGAACGAGGCUUUUGUGUACGAACAGGAACCAAAGUCUCAUCCAGAGCUUUCGCCAUCUUUAGGAGAAGACUGUACAGAAAAUGAGCCUUUAGAGGAGUAUGAGGAAAUUCCAGGUGUGCCUGAACUGACCAAGCAGGAGGAGGAGGAUGCUGCAAGGAGGAAGGUCAGGUUCUCCUCCGCACCAAUCAAGGUGUACAGCACGUAUUCCAACGCAGACUACGACAGACACAAUGAGGAUAUCGACCCAGUGUCCGCCUCGGCUGAGUUUGAGCUGGAGAAGAGAGUGGACAGGAUGAACGUCUUUCCAGUGGAGAUAGAAAAGGGAGACGAUGGACUGGGCAUCAGUAUCAUAGGAAUGGGUGUGGGGGCCGACCAGGGACUGGAAAAACUGGGAAUCUUUGUCAAGACGGUCACGGAAGGAGGAGCAACUCAGAAGGAUGGAAGGAUUCAGGUGAAUGACCAGAUAGUGGAGGUGGAUGGAGUGAGUUUGGUAGGAGUGUCCCAGCUGUUUGCAGCCACAGUCCUCAAGAAUACAUCAGGCCUCGUCAAGUUUCUGAUUGGCCGAGAGAAGGAGGGGGUGGAGAGCGAGGUUGCGCGACUGAUCAACGAAAGCCUGGAAAUGGAUAAAACGCACACUGGAAAGAGGGAUGAGGGCAAUGAUGGCAGCAUGUCAGAGAACGGCUCAGUGGUUGAAGAGGAGGAAGAAGAAGAAGAAGAGGAGGAGGAGGAGGAGGAGGAUGUGGAUGUGUCUGUGCUCUCCAGUUUGGACAACUGCCAGCUCUGCCUCAAAUUCCAGCAGCUUCAGUCAAAACUGCGGAGAAGAACGAGCCAACUUCAGCGCGCUAGGGAAAAGUUAAAAGCUUGGGAGGAACUCCAAGCCUGCUGGGAGAGCCAGAGAACCGAGCUGGAGCAGAGAGCAGAGGAUGGAGAGGAGAAAGCUGACAAACUAGAGAAGUAUUGGCAGGAGGCCCAGACACUAUGCAGAGUUGUGAGCCAGCGACUGGCUGAUGCCCAGAGCCAGUCUGAAAGCCUGGAGAUCAAAUACAGCAAGGCCAAGAGACUAGUCAGAGAAUACCAGAGCAGAGAGGAGGAGAGGGAGAAAAGGGAGGCAGAUUUGAGGAGAGAAAUGGAGGAAAGAGACGAGCAGCACAGAGAGACUGUUGAAAGGCUGCAAAUCCAGAUGGCACAGCUAGGGAUAAAAGAGCCUGCACCCCAGACGAAAAACCACUCUGUGGACUCUUCAGUCGCAGGUCCAGACUGGUACAUCCCAGUUCCUGAUACAGGACGACUAGACUCCAGCGCUCAGCUCGCCAGAGCUCAGCUGGCCCAGAAAGCCAAGCGGCACCCGCCUUCACGAGACAAACUCAGAGAGAGCUUCAAAAAGCAGGAGGAAGGCGUAGUCCAGAAGCCCCAGGACGGCCAACAGUCGCUGCCUGCUCCCAUGGCGGUGCCAAGCAUCAGAAACGACCUGUCCAGCACCUCGUCGGCCCCCGUGUUCAGCCCUCAGCCUCUGAACAGCUCCUUCCAAACCCCUCCCGUCUACAUCACUCACACCGACACUCCUUCACCGUGCAAAUCCUCGGCGUCCAGAAAAUCCAAAAGGAAAUUUCCUGACCUCAGUGGCCUUCGCAAGUCUCUCAGCAAAAGGAGAAGCGAAAAGCACAGCAGACGGUCGACAAACAGCAGGGGCUCGUGUGGUGACCUGGUAGAUGAGCCAUCUGGAGUAUCUCCCACGGGCUCCAUCACCUCCAUGCCCUCUUGUCUGCCUUUUCCCUGGUUCGGAGACAGAGGGAGAGAAAAAGGGGAAGAAGGCGAGAAGAUCCGGGAGCGGCUUCGGUCUGUGUCCAGCAGCAGUUUGCCGUACCUGACCACCACAGGCAGGAGAGAUCAGAGUAUUGGCUCCCCAGUGGGCAGCUCCAGCAUGGUGGGUCAUGUCUCUGAUCACUCCCUUUCUGGACACUCUCACACUUUCGCCUUUUCCUCCACCGAGACGUUGGACGAUGAUCCAGUCCCGACCAACAACAACCACCAGUGGCAAAGUCGACCGGUGUUGGAGUGGAACAGCCAGCAGGUGUGUCUGUGGCUGAUCGCCAUGAGGAUGGAUCAAUACACAUCAGAGUUUGCUGCCAAAGGUGUGGAUGGGACACAGCUGCUCAACAUGGACAGUGAGAAACUGAAGGCUCUGGGCGUGUGCAGCCACAGUGACCGGUCCACCCUCAAAAAGAAGCUGAAGGAGAUGAAGAAAAGAGAGGAGAAAGAACAGAGGAAAGGAGAGAAGAGGCUAAAGCAGGAAAAGGAGAAUGCAGUUUUGGACAAGGAGGGUGAGGGCAAAGAGAAUGCGAGGGCGGUGGUGGAGGAGAAGCCUCUAACAGAAAUCGGACGUAGCGGCAAAACUGUAAGAACCGAGUCGCUCUUGUAAAGGAAAGGCCAGUGAAGUCAGACAUACACCAGCAGCAGCAUCGCGCACACACAGGAGCAUUUGAACCUUUUUCUGUUGAUCCACUGCAAACAUCCUGUUGUUCACAUCUUAGGAUUUAAGAUACAGAACACCAGUUGGGAUCUUUAAACCAGAAAUCAACCCCAGCACCAAAGUUCAAAAUUCAGACAUUUUAUCUGUUUCUGUGUGCAAGAAUUAAUUGUCUUAUAGUGAUUUUUUUUAAUUCAUAAAUAUAAAUUAUCCUUAGAAUGAUUUUAAUAUUUAACAAUGUGCACUCUGUAUUUGCUGUAAAUGCUUUUUUUAUGUAUUAAUAAAUAAUGCUUCAAACUUUCUCAUUCAAGUCUGCUUUAACCACAUAAGAGGACACAUGAUGGCAUUUAAUUAUGUUUUUUUUUUUUUAUUCAAGACACACCUUGUUCGCUCCGACACUCUUCUCGAUCUGCAGCCAGUGAUUAAAAGAUGAGCUCUGCAGUGACAAACUAAGUGCUGUGGAUAAGUUACAGUAUCGGUGUCAUCUGAGGCAUUUUGAGUGUGGGGAAAAAGUGCAUCAGCGUUUAAGUCGGAUGCACAGAACACAAGACAGAAUAAAA